UGUCGUGUGCAGUGUGGAGAGCUAGAGAUCGAGAUGCCCCUCUCAGUAGCGAGAGAGCUGGACUGCGAAUGGGUUGUGGGAAGGUGCAAGUCCUACUUGGAGCGUGGGGACAAGCACGGCGCCAAGGCCUGGAUCCUCACGGCCCGAUCUCUUUUCCCCGGGGACUUCUCCGUUCAGUAUGAAGCCUUCUGCCUCCACAUGUCAUGCGAGGAGCUCAAGGAAGCAGCAAUGGCUCUAACUGACCUUUUCAACGUGUUCCCUCGCGAGGCACAGCUCCAGUCUUGUCUGACUGGACUGGUGGAGGCUCUCCUGACUCCGCCCACCACUGACGACCCUCAAGAAAAGGUCACCGCUCAGAAGAAACUGCUCUUCAAUCAGCUUCCUGCUAAUGUCCAGAAGAGUGUUUUGCUCCAUGCUGCAGCGGACGAGAACGGUGGUGUGUUGAGGCAGUGUAAGGUGUGGUUGGUCAUCAUCAAACUAUUCCCUGACAUGGUCAAGACACUCGGAUUGGAUGCCUAUGACCUCUUGAGCAAGGAGCAGUCCACAGCAGUGAUGGCUGACAAUCAAUCCAGAGAACUACUAGUGUGUGAAGUGAUUCCUCUACUGCUGGCAUCUCCUGAGAUACGGCUGGAGUUACCCGUGGUCCGGAGCUCCGGCCAGAGCACGACCCUCAAGACCAGCCACCUCUGCCAGUGGCUGGAGAGUGUCGCCUCUUUCUACACCACCGUCACCUCUCAGGCCCUGCUCGGUGGCAGAGGCCACAAGUGUGCAGGUAAGGUAGGAUGGGACCAGCUACACCAGUUGCUCAUGAGGACAGCAGAAAAGUGUGGAUGGAGAGAGGUCAUUCUCAGCAACCAGAUAGGACCUCAUCUACCAUCAAGAGUUCGGUGGCUUGGUGUGGAAAAGCUCUCUGGUUAUAAUCCACACGUGAAGCCGUUUGAGGCGCCUCGACCAGUGGCCAUUGCCUGCUUCUACAUAGCUGUGUUCCUGUUCUUUGAGAUGGCGUGGGACUACUGCAGAGAGAUGCUGGCUCCUGCCUUUGGAGGGAGCAGUGUGCCUGUGGCUGGCAGAGCGCCCUGGCUGGUGGUUGAGGAGUACCAACAUCAUCCCACCUCUCUGGACGACAAGACCAGCAAGAGGAGAAAGGCAGACGAUUCCAGACCGUCUCUGAACUUCAACACUGGGUCACGUAGUGUGGAUCAGAAGAUGGUGGAGAGGUUCAUGGUGGCCACUGAUUGCUGGGAUUUCCUCCAGUCCAAUGUCACCUACCAGCAGGAGUUCAUGCGGCUGGGUCAACAGUGGGGGGCACUAGAGUGGUCUUGGCUGGGCAUGUUUCGAGCAGACAUGGCAGUGUUCAAGUGUGACCACACUCUGGCCAUGCAGAUCCUGACACACGAAUGGCAUAAAGUAUCUGAAGACGAAAAGACAUCGGUACUCUCCUUAUACCAUGAGUUCUCUCGCAUUAGCUAAGCAAAAACUUAAAACAAGCUGUUAUGUACGAUAUCUGUGCCUCCCUGCAGCCAAUGGCAACAAGGAUUAUCAUGCAGAUGGUGAACUGUGCCAUGGUACUGGGAGACAGCCGGGGGGCUUGCAGUUUUGCGUCUGAGGUUGUGAGUCUCCUGCCCAGUUCACAGGUCCUGCCGGGGGUCACUUCUCCUCGCACUCUUCCUCCACAACACACCUCUGGUCGACAGCUGCGCCUGCUGUGCUGCACACCAGACGAGAUCAUGCCAUUCUGUAUGGAGGUAAUCAUCAGGACGCUGAAGGACGUGGCGUUUGGUGACCCUAAGAACGAGCGAGCCCUGGGCCAGCUACUCGUCCUCCUCCAGUACCAGUGGCCCAAGGAGGAGGAGAUUUUUGCCAGCCUCAUCACCACCAUCCAGAAGAGACGGCGCUUCCACUUCCCAGAGUUUUUUGACUAUAUCAUUCUCAUUGAUAUUCUGGAGGAAAUGUUAUACCUGGCAAACUGUGAUUCUCUCCAGAUUACUCUCCUUCCACAGACAGACGCCAACAAGGGACGGACUGUUACUCGAGGUGUAAACAGAGGGGCAAGGGAGGAGCUGAUGCUAGCAAUGGAGCAACAGAUCAAGCGUUGUGAAGAGCCUGUUGAACCUCUCCUCAGGCAUUUCUUCAAGCAAGAGAAACUCUCACUCGGUGGCAAGCACGCCACAACAUAGGACAACUGUGUCAUACGUGUGUGUGUUCAUGUACAGUGUUGGUUUAUAUGUUUAAAUGGGACU